UCCUACCUUUCGAUUCUAGAGCAAUCUACGGAUUAUCUAGAUACCUGAGUGGUUUGUUUCUUUUUUGAGGGACUGCGAAGAAGUAUGACGGAUUCUCUCGUCUUGCAGUCUGCGGUGCGAGUGCCUACGCCUCCCCCAGGUGCUUCGUACUCCCCAGGACCCUCGGGCUCUCGAAAGCGCUCGCCUCCCUCCCGUUCGCCUUCACCGAAUCGACGACGCUCCCCUCCUGGAGACCCUCUCGGGCCUGAUAGCGAUGCGCCGAGAAUUGACCCAGAGCAUGCGGUCGAACGCGAGCGCCAACUCGCUGAACGAGUUCGCGAACAUGAGAAACAAGAAGCCGCGCGAAAACCCAUGACAGAGGAACAGAAGCAGGCGGCAGCCAAAGCCGAAUAUGAGAAACUAUUGAACAUGCGCUCGGGCGGUACAUAUAUCCCUCCCGCUCGCCUUCGCGCUCUGCAGGCCCAGAUCACCGACAAAACCAGUAAGGAGUACCAACGAAUGGCUUGGGAAGCGUUGAAAAAGUCCAUCAAUGGGUUGAUUAACAAGGUCAACGUGUCAAACAUCAAAUUCAUCGUUCCAGAGCUCUUUGGUGAAAAUCUUGUCAGGGGGCGUGGUUUGUUCUGCAGGAGUAUCAUGAAGGCGCAAGCAGCAAGUUUGCCCUUCACCCCGAUCUAUGCCGCAAUGGCGGCCAUUGUCAAUACCAAACUACCCCAAGUCGGAGAACUGCUCCUCAGUCGGCUAAUCGUGCAGUUCCGGAAAGCGUUCAAAAGAAAUGAUAAGGCGGUUUGUAUUUCGUCCACGACAUUUAUCGCCCAUCUGUGCAACCAGCAGGUCGUCCAUGAAAUGCUUGCCGCUCAGAUCUUGCUUCUCCUCCUCCACAAACCUACAGACGAUAGCGUUGAGAUUGCAGUUGGCCUGACAAGGGAAGUUGGACAACAUUUGGAGGAAAUGAGCGGACCCAUUGCCCUGGCGGUGUUUGAUCAAUUCCGAAAUAUCCUACACGAGGCCGACAUUGACAAGCGAGUGCAAUAUAUGAUCGAAGUUCUAUUCCAAGUGCGCAAGGACCGAUACAAGGACAACCCGGCAGUUAAAGAAGAACUUGAUCUAGUGGAGGAGGAGGAUCAGAUUACCCAUCGAAUCGGACUCGACGACGAGAUCGAAACUCAAGACAGCCUCAACAUAUUCAAAUUUGAUGCUCAGUGGGAGGAGCACGAGGAGGCCUACAAGAAGCUCAAGGCAGAAAUUCUAGGAGAAGGUAGCGGUGAUGAGGAAGAUGAGGAUGAAAGUGAUGAAAGCUCGGACGAGGAAUCCGACGAAGAACGGAAGAUCGAUAUCAAAGACCAAAGCAACACGGAUCUUGUCAACCUGCGUCGAACUAUCUACCUCACUAUCAUGUCCAGUAUUGACUUUGAAGAAUGCUGUCACAAACUCAUGAAGAUUUCGCUGCCAGCUGGACUCGAGCCUGAACUUCCAUCCAUGGUGAUUGAAUGUUGUUCCCAGGAGCGAACAUACUCCAAGUUCUAUGGCCUGAUUGGCGAGCGGUUCGCAAAGAUCAAUCGCCUGUGGUCCGACCUUUUCGAGGCAGCAUUUGCCAAAUACUACGACACGAUUCAUCGAUACGAAACCAACCGGUUGCGCAACAUUGCCCGUUUCUUCGGCCAUAUGCUCAGCAAUGACGCUAUUGGCUGGCAUGUCUUGUCUAUCAUUCACCUGAACGAGGAAGAAACGACAUCGAGCAGCCGUAUCUUUAUUAAAAUUCUUUUUCAGGACCUUGGAGAGCAUCUUGGCAUGCCAAAGCUGCAGGAGCGUAUGCGAGAUGAGAUUCUACGGCCCAGCUUUGAGGGUCUCUUCCCGGUGGACAACCCUCGCAACACCCGUUUCUCCGUCAACUAUUUCACUAGCAUUGGUUUCGGUGCUCUGACCGAGGACAUGCGCGAGCACUUGAAAAACAUACCCAAGCCAACAGUUCCCGCUUUGCCUCCUACGCGCGACAGGGCGGAUUCGGACUCGGAGUCAGUCAGCACGCGCUCCAGCUGCUCUACAUGCACCGGGCCCCGCCAUUCACGCUCCCGAUCCCGAUCCCGCUCCUACUCCUACUCUAGAUCACCAUCCCGAAGCCGCAGCCGUGACCGUGGCCGUGGCCGUUCAACCAGCCGAGGCCGAUCCUAUACACGGUCUUUGUCGGGCUCCUCCCGUCGCAGCUACACCCCAAGCUCCUAUACCGCAUCACGCUCUAGAUCGCCGGUGUCACGAAGCCGCCAGCGCUCAGUUUCGUACAGCCGAUCCCGGUCUCGCACUCCCCCUCGCCGGACCAAAGGUGGGCGGGCUGACUCGCGUUCUCCGCGUCGCUCCCCUGCGCAGUCCGCCACCCCACCCCGACGCGGCGGACGAGACCGCAGUUACUCGCGGUCGCCGUCACGGUCUGUGUCGCCCCCUACUCGACGAGCGCCAGCAGCAGGCAGCAAGCGGUACCCCUCAGAGUCCCAGUCGCCUCCUCCCCGCAGGCGGGCAGAAAGAAGCGUAUCCUCCCGGCGCCCGCCUCCAAACCGGCCAGCGCGGGACUACUCCGAGUCUCGCUCUCGCAGUCCGCCCCGGCGACGACGAAACUCUAGUUCUGUGUCUGGGUCACGGAGUCCUCCUCCUCGUCGCGCACGAAACUAAUCCAAGAGUGCGACUACAACUCACCAUAACGACAGGUUGAUUUUCAAGAAGGUUCUAGUCCGGUCAAUUCACUAUCAUAACGAUGUAUUUAUAGCAUAGCUUCGUAUCCACACUAAAAUUCAAGCAGAAGAUAUUAAUCCGACUUGCAUUUCCCAAAAAAGGGAGACAGGAAAUGAC